GAAUUGGUUCUCAUCUCCUCUACUAUAAACUUCUCUCUGCCACCCCAAGUCUCAGCCGUGUUUGACAUACGCCUUCUCCAUUGAACAACGUAGUUCAUCAGCAAGCAUCAUGACAGCUCCAAAGCUUACCGACCCUACCCUCGUCAAAAAUGCAUGUUACGUCAAUGGCGAAUGGGUAGCUGCAAAGUCUGGGAAGGACUUUGCUGUGGAAAACCCGUCAACCCUUGAAAAGAUUGGGAACUGUCCCGAGUUUGACGCCGACGACACCGAAGCUGCUAUCGCUGCCGCCGAUGCCGCAUACAAGACAUACCGCAAAACACCGGCUCGCCAGCGGGCCCGGUACCUCCGCCGCUGGUAUGACCUCAUGAUGGAGAAUUCGGAGGACAUUGCACGGCUCAUAACCCUUGAGAACGGCAAGCCUCUGGCAGAUGGCAGGACAGAGGCCAACUAUGCCGCUGCUUUCUUUGAAUGGUUCUCGGAGGAGGCCCCUAGAAUUUAUGGUGAGACUAUUGAGGCAACAAACCCAUCAUGUCGUCUAUCCACCAUCAAGCAGCCCGUAGGUGUCUGCGGUCUCAUUGCGCCGUGGAACUUUCCCGCUGCUAUGAUCACCCGAAAGGCUGGGCCUGCGCUCGCUGCUGGCUGUACCGUUGUCAUCAAAGCUCCCGCUGAGGCUCCUCUCACAGCUCUUGCUCUGGCUGAGCUGGCGCAUCGUGCUGGAAUUCCUGCCGGCGUUGUCAACGUUAUUACAGCCUUGGAUAACACUGCUGAAGUUGGCAAGGUCUUGACUACACACCCCAAGAUCAAGAAGGUCUCUUUUACUGGGUCAACUGGCGUGGGGAGACUCCUCAUGAGCCAAUCAUCAUCAACCAUCAAGAAAUUGUCCUUUGAAUUGGGUGGGAACGCUCCUUUCAUCGUUUUCGAAGAUGCGGACCUGGACAAGGCUGUUAAGGGUGUGAUUGCCUGCAAAUUCCGUAAUUCGGGUCAAACAUGCGUCUGCGCCAACCGAAUUCUGGUGCACCGCAGUAUCUAUGACAAGUUUGUCCAAAUGGUCCUCGAUGUUGUCAAGACCUUUGUUGUCGGUGAUGGCUUUGUUGAGAAGACAACCCAUGGUCCUCUUAUCCAUGGUCGUGCCGUAGCCAAGGCUGCUGAGCAUGUUGAAGAUGCUCUUUCCAAGGGAGCCAAGCUCAUCCACGGCGGCGAGCGUUUACCACACCUCGGUCCUAAUUACUUUGACCUCACAAUGUUAACUGGUAUGAAGCCUGGUAUGAAGAUCUGUAGCGAAGAGACUUUCGGGCCUGUGGCUGCUUUCUUCGCAUUCGAUACCGAGGAGGAAGCUAUCGAGCUUGCGAACGACAGUGAUGUUGGCCUCGGAGGCUAUUUCUUCAGCAAUAGUGUGAACCGAUGUUAUCGCGUGGCAGAAGCGUUGGAGGUCGGCAUGGUCGGAGUCAACACUGGCGUGCUGAGCGACCCUGCCGCUCCUUUCGGUGGCAUUAAGCAGAGUGGAUUUGGAAGAGAAGGAAGCAAGUAUGGCAUUGACGAGUUUACAAUCACUAAGAUGGUCAUGACAAAUAUCGAUCCAUGAGUAAUGGUUUAGUUUAGACAAAAGUUAGGGCGGCUAUAGGCGAAAUAAUACCCACAGGACGGUUAUAGAGACGGAGUGCGACAGCUUUCGGGUGAACGAAAUUGCUAUACUGAUAGACCUGCAGGUCGACUCUUCUUGACCAAAUUGGGGAUGUAUCGGUGCAACAUCAGGUCCCUAUGGGUACGGUUGAGCUGGAUCGUUAGGAUACCAUAACGCGCUACCGUUUGUAUUGAAAACGUGGGGAGACCAGAUGCAUGAAAACAGAAUCGUUCCAAGUGCGAUGUAUGCGGCGGGUGACUCUAUGAGGGUUUCGAUUUCGUGUCAACACAUGGAGGAUAUGCUGUUUUGUAGAUACUGUCAGUAAGCAUGAGGUUGCCGCAUAAUGCAAUUCACUAAAAGACCUGAAGAGUUUCACUAUCAAGUCGUCCAUUAAUUUUCAUGGUCUAUGAUUU